AUGGAAGACAUUGGUAAAGAAAUAAAGUAUGUUUUUAUCUCAGCUCAUCAAAAGGGACUUGUGAGUUUAUUUGAGGAGAUUUUUGAACAAAUUGAGCAUAGAAUAUGUCUAAGACAUUUGUAUGCCAAUUUCAAGAAGAAGUUUGGUAGUGAAGCUACAAUAAGGGACCUACUGAUGGGGGCUACCAAACUAUGGUGUAAGCAUUCCGUUAGCUUUUACCCUAAGUGUGACGUGUUAAUGAACAACCUUAGUGAGUCAUUUAAUAGUAAAACUUCACAAGCUAGUGAUAAACCAAUUCUGACAAUGCGUGAGUGGAUUAGGAACUAUUUAAUGUAUAAGGUUGCUAACAGUUUAGUUAGUUGUGUAUCAAAAUUUAAACCUGAAUUAUAUGUCGAUUCAUGUUACAUGAAGGAAGCUUAUAAAACAUGUUAUGAAAACAAUGUUAGUCCAAUAAAUGGUAUGAACAUGUGGCCAAAUGUGGAUGUUGAAGACAUGUUGCCACCUCAGUAUAAGAAGGGCCCAGGUAGGCCUAAGAAAUCUAGGUUUAGAAAACAUGAUGAAACUGGUUCAAGGAUAAGGAGACCUGAUAGGAAAACACCAAGGACCAAAGCCUCUUCAAAUGCUACUCAAACUGAAGGAGUUUCUAACACAAAUGCUGAUGAUGGUGUGCAUGAAAUAAAUGACCCAAAUUUAGAUGCACUACUUGAAGAGAUGAUGUCAUAUUUUAAAGGCCAACCAUCCCAAGAUCCACAAUAUCAAGUGUCCAAUCCCUCACCUUAUGCUGCACAAUAUGAGCAGACACGAGAAGAAGCUGACAUAUUAGUUCCCCAAGCACUUGACAAAGCAAUUAAGAAGAAGAAACAAAUUACCAAAGCAGUUGAGAAGAAGAACAAGUUGCCAAAGUAG